GUGUUUAGUUCCAAACAAAGCUAAACAAAGUAACGUCGGUAAAUAAUAAUAAACUGUGUUCGCAUUAGCUUGUGGUGAUAAUUUUAAUAAUUUGACGAUUAAAUCCUUGAAUAUUACGACACUUGUAAAAUGGAAGAAUUGAACCCUGACGAUGAUAAUUUAAUGGAGAUUGAAAUCAAAGAGGAACUGCUGGAAGAUCUGGAACAACUGCCAGAAGAAUCAAUACAAGAGCCUGACGUUUUGUUGGUAAAUCCAGAUCCAUUGGUAUUCAUCCCACCUUUAACACAAAGACCAGAUUUGAUUGAAGCCGUUCCGGGACCGUCUGGAAAACAGAAACGUAAGAAUUCGAAUCGUGUGCUAUAUGACGCGUCGUCCAUUGAUAAACUACUUGACCAAAUCAGGAGUGGGAAUUUGACGGCCUACCAAGCCGCGAAGAAAUCCGGAGUACCUCGCACUACGCUGCAGUACCGUUUGAGUAGCAAGUGGAAAAAUAAAGGAUCUCGUGGACCGAAUACAAUAUUCACCGAAGAGGAAGAGAGAGAGAUUGUUCAACAACUGCUGAACCUGGAACAACGAGGCAUUCCGCUUACUCAACGGGCCGUGGUGUUUAAGGUUACCAAAUACUUGAAGGCCAAACCUAGGACAACCCCAUUUAAGGAGGGUCAGCCUGGUAAGACCUGGGUAAGACUGUUCCUCCGACGUCAUCCAGAACUGCAGAUACAGGGCCAAGAUGCAAUAAAAGUAGCCGAAUCGAAACUAUGCGAGAAGGUCGUUCGGACAUGGUUUCGGAAUGUUUCUCGCUACUUCAAGAGACAAAAACUGACCACUAUUCUUGCCGAUCCUUCACGUGUUUUGAACGGAGAAAUGGUGGGAUUUGUAACUCGCAGCACCAAGGACACUCACCGCGCUUACUCUAUAGUAGACAUCGCCAAUGGAACGCAUAACAUGACUGCAUGGUUUACCUUUGCCGCAGACGGAAGUUUUUUCGCGCCACAGAUGGUUUUCCCCGAGGAUGACUUGGCUAAAAUGCCUCGCAAAAAAUUAUUUCCUGCUGAUUGGAAUUUAAGCAUGUCUAAAAAUGGAUGGAUGAAUUCCGAUUGUUUAGCGAGUUACGUGAAGAAAACGCUUCGACCGGCACUUAUAAAAAAAGGCAUUAUACUGCCUGUUAUAUAUUUUGUGAGGGCCGAGUUAGCAAUGGAAGCAGCGGACUUGUGCCUGAAAUGUGGAGUAAUUCUCGUCCCGUUGUAUGCAGGUGCACGACAUAUAUUCGCAGAUAUGGAUACAACUGUUUAUAAAGACCUCAAUACAACUUGGGCCAAAACUGCUAGAACCUGGCGAGCUGAACACAAAAAGCAACUAAUGAAUAUGUCCGUUUUUGGGAGCUUAUUAGCGCGAGCGGUCGUAGAAUCAUUUAAUGCAAAUCUGAUCAAAAAAGGCUUUUCGCUCCGUGGAUUGUAUCCUUUCGAUCCGAAAAUGAUUGAUUAUUCGAACAGCUGUGACGCCGACUUAUUUAUCGGCCCUUUCUCGGAAGAUGAACAAACAGCCUCUGAAGACGAAUCUGAACAAUCCCUAAAGGUAGUAAUCCCUCGAAAGGUUUUGGAUACCGCACUGACCAUGUUGGGCCCCGAAAAAAUAAAUAUGUACCUAAAUGAGCCAUCAGAUGAUCUGUGCCAAGAGGACAAAGUUUUGUCUUAUGUUUACAAAAACAUUUUGCUACCAGCAGGAUCCUCUAAAACAGUCGAACAGAAAGAUAGUACCUUAGGUGAUAUACUGAUUGAAGACGUUGCAAUGAAUUCCAAAGAAAAAUCCUAUAUAAGCUUUGAAACUGAAAUGCUGACUGAAUCCGACGACUCCAAAGUAUUGACCCAAAUGAUUGUGGAAGGAGAUAGCGAAAGCGAAUCGAGAGAUGAUAACGAGAUCGACCAAAGCUCACCGAAAAAACGAUCUAAGGUAGAAAACUGCCAGAUGAAUGAAGUUGGCUCAAGUAGUCCAACACUACCAUCCAAAAGCGAUCCCAUCUGUUUUGCGAAGGAGCACAUCUGCAGCUAUCCGCGAAUAACUGCCCAUUUCUGUAAGGUGGCUAAAAAGACAAAGUAUCAGUCUUGCUUCAUGGAUGUCACCGGCAUGUACAUCGCUUACAUAAGCAAAUGCGGAGAAACUUCCCAGGAACCGGUAUCCAGCAAGGUCUACAACAAUUUGCUGCAAAAUGAACGAGCAAAGGAUCCCAAACUUCCGACCACGUGCGAUGAGUGCCAACAUGUGGAGAAAUUCGAUUCCGAAUCUCAGUAUGAUUUUUUGAAUAAAUAAAAGUGCGGUAAGGUAGUUUACCGUUAUUUUAGGAAAAAGAUACAAAAUAAAGGAAAUCCGUUUUUAUAUAUACUAAUUUGGUAAGUUAUGUUUCUGGACUGCUUUAAUAAAGUAAUAAUAAA